AUGGCCUGCGACUACCAAUACGUCAAGGAGCACACCAGGGAGGACUACGUCUUCCCUUCGCACCGCUUCCAGCGAUCAUGCUCCCCGGAUAAAACUCCGCUAUGCCUCGUGGCUUGUGGUUCUUUCAGCCCAAUCACGUUCCUUCACCUUCGAAUGUUUCCUAUGGCUCGAGACCAUGCUCGCAAUGAGAAUUUUGAGGUUGUUGCUGGAGUUUUGAGUCCUGUCAGCGAUGCCUACAAGAAGAAGGGCCUAGCACCUGCUCACCAUCGCAUUGAGAUGUGCAGACUUGCCACAGAGAACACCUCCAAGUGGCUCAUGGUGGACCCCUGGGAGGCCGAGAGCCCAACUUAUAUCCCAACUGCCAAGGUGCUCGAUCAUUUUGACUACGAGAUCAACGAGGUUAUGGGAGGUGUUGAGUGCACCGACGGUACCCGAAAGCGUUGCCGCAUUGUACUACUUGCUGGCCUCGACCUGAUUCAGACCAUGUCCACUCCGGGUGUUUGGGACGAGCGUGAUCUCGACCACAUUCUGGGCAACUAUGGCGUUUUUGCUCUCGAGCGCACAGGAACUGAAAUUGAUUCAACUCUUGCCAACUUGAAGCAAUGGGAGAAAAACAUUCAUAUUAUUCGCCAGGUCGUCACCAAUGACAUCAGUAGCACAAAGAUUCGCCUGCUCCUCAAGCGAAACAUGUCAAUCGAUUUCCUGAUUCCCGAUGAUGUUAUCAGCUACAUCUACGAGCACAAUCUUUACCGCGACCUGGAUAUGCCUGAUUCCAAGGGCAAGGAGAAGGCUCUCACGAAUGGUCCCGACGCCGGAACCACCACUGGCUGA